GAAAGGAUGUGAAACUUGGCAGAGCCCUGGUGACACCCCUUUGCUCAUGUGUGUCCCACCAUCAGCAAAGAGCCAGAGCAUCCAGUUUGAGCUGACCACGGAGGCAGGGACAUCAUGGAGGCCUCUCGGGGAUGGCUGGUGGCCUGCAUGCUGGCCAUGACCCUGGUAGCCACACUGACUGAGGAUGUCUGCCGAGCACCCAACGGGAAGGAUGGAGUUGCAGGGAAUCCCGGCCGCCCAGGGAGGCCAGGUCUCAAAGGAGAGAGAGGGGAACCAGGAGCUGCUGGCAUCCGGACUGGAAUCCGAGGCCCUAAAGGGGAUCCGGGGGAAUCUGGGCCCCCUGGCAAACCUGGCAAUAUGGGGUUCCCGGGGCCCAAUGGGCCCCUGGGGAGCAGCGGCCCCCCAGGACCAAAGGGUAUCAAAGGCAAUCCAGGCAAUAUCAGGGACCAGCCCCGGCCAGCUUUCUCAGCCAUUCGGCAGAACCCACCGCCAACAGCGGGCAAUGUGGUUAUCUUCGACAAGGUCAUCACCAACGAGGAGGGCCCAUACCAGAACUACACGGGCCGCUUCAUCUGUGCGGUGCCCGGUUACUAUUACUUCACCUUCCAAGUGAUCUCCAAGUGGGACAUCUGUCUGUCUAUCAAGUCCUCCUCCUCCCGGGGCCAGCCCAGGAGUUCCCUGGGUUUCUGUGAUGCCAACAGCAAGGGGCUCUUCCAGGUGGUAUCGGGGGGCACUGUGCUCCAGCUGCAACGAGGGGACCAAGUAUGGAUCGAGAAGGACCCUGCAAAGGGUCGCAUUUACCAAGGCCCCGAAGUCGACAGCAUCUUCAGCGGAUUUCUCAUUUUCCCCUCUACCUGAGCUGGGGAG